CGAGGCGGUGGAGCGGCGCUGAGUUGUCGCCGGCUGGCACCUCUCGGCUCUUCCGGGUCUGGGCUGGGACACGCCGAGGCGGCCCGCGAAGGCGGGCGAGGCGCGAUGGCCGCCCGCCGGCCUGCAGGCUGACCUCGCGCCGCCGCCUGUGGCCGAGGCCCCGUCGCCCCGGCGGCCUCCCUGGCUGAGCGACCCCCGGGCCCCCAGCCCCGCACCAUGACCGCCGCCGCCGCCGCCUCCAACUGGGGGCUGAUCACGAACAUAGUGAACAGCAUCGUGGGGGUCAGCGUGCUCACCAUGCCCUUCUGCUUCAAGCAGUGUGGCAUCGUCCUGGGGGCCCUGCUGCUGGCCUUCUGCUCGUGGAUGACGCACCAGUCCUGCAUGUUCCUGGUGAAGGCGGCCAGCCUGAGCAAGCGGAGGACCUACGCCGGCCUGGCGCUGCACGCUCACGGGAAGGCCGGGAAGAUGCUGGUGGAGACCAGCAUGAUCGGGCUGAUGCUGGGGACCUGCGUCGCCUUCUACGUUGUGAUCGGAGACCUGGGCUCCAGCUUCUUCGCUCGGCUGUUUGGGUUUCAGGUGACGGGCACCUUCCGCGUGUUCCUGCUCUUCGCGGUGUCGCUGUGCGUCGUGCUGCCCCUCAGCCUGCAGAGGAACAUGAUGGCCUCCAUCCAGUCCUUCAGCGCCAUGGCGCUCGCCUUCUACGCCGUCUUCAUGUUCGUGAUGGCGCUGUCCUCGCUCAAGCACGGCCUCUUUGGCGGGCAGUGGCUGCAGCGGGUCAGCUACGUGCGCUGGGAGGGCGUCUUCCGCUGCAUCCCCAUCUUCGGAAUGUCCUUCGCCUGCCAGUCCCAGGUCCUGCCCACCUACGACAGCCUGGACGAGCCGUCGGUGACAACCAUGAGCUCCAUAUUCGCCUCCUCGCUCAACGUGGUCACCACCUUCUAUGUCCUGGUCGGGUUCUUCGGCUACGUCAGCUUCACCGAGGCCACGGCGGGCAACGUGCUGCUGCACUUCCCCUCGAACCUGGUGACGGAGAUGAUCCGCGCGGGCUUCGUGAUGUCGGUGGCCGUGGGCUUCCCUAUGAUGAUCCUGCCCUGCAGGCAGGCCCUCAACACACUGCUCUUCGAGCAGCAGCAGAAGGACGGCACCUUUGCGGCCGGCGGCUACAUGCCGCCGCUGCGGUUUAAGGCCCUGACCCUGUCGGUUGUGUUCGGGACCAUGGUCGGCGGCAUCAUGAUCCCCAACGUGGAGACCGUCCUGGGCCUCACGGGCGCCACCAUGGGGAGCCUCAUCUGCUUCAUCUGCCCGGCGCUCAUCUACAGGAAGGUCCACAAGAACGCCCUCUCCCCGCAGGUGGUGCUGUGGGUCGGCCUGGGCGUCCUGGUGGUCAGCACACUCACCACUCUGACCAUGAGCGAGGAGACCCCCGUGGACUUGGCAGAGGGAGCCGCGGGCGGCCCGCUGGGUGAGGCCGAGGGCGUGAGGAAGGCGGAGGAGGCCCGGCUCUCAGUCCAGGAUCCCGUCGUGGACGUGGCCGUGGCCCAGGAUGACCGGGAGAAGCCAAAGCUGCCGGAGGAGAGAGAGGAGCCGGAGCAGGCCCAGAUUAAGGGCCCUGUGAAUGUGCCUGGCGGGGCAGAUGCCAAAGAGAGACAGGAGGCCGCCCAGCUGGACCGCCCGGGGCAGGGAGUGGCCGUUCCUCUGGGCGAGGCCCACCGCCAUGAGCCACCCGUCCCGCAUGACGAGGUGGUGGUGGACACGGGUCAAGACCAGGAUGGACCAGAGGAGAGCAAGGCCGCGGCCCAGCUCACGGGGGAGAAGGCCACAGGGGGCGGGCACAGGCCAGCGCCGCCCCCCGAGGAGGAGGUGGUCGCCGGGAGGCCUGAGCAGGGCCAGGCUGUGGAGGAAGCCGGGCGUCUUUUUGAAGGCCCCCAGAAGAUUCCAGAAGCACAUGGCCAGCCCGCCGCCCAGCCCGUGAAGAAGGACCUGGGGCCCCAGGCGCUGGGCUCCGAGGAGCAGGCCUUGGAGGCCGGUGCUGGGGGGAACACUGAUGAGGAGCCGCUGCCGGCCGACGUGGGUGCUGCUGGGAACCCGGGGGAGCCUGUGCACGGGGACCCUGGUGCCCCGGCCCAGCAGCUGGUGGGGCAGGCAGCCGGAGAGCAGGCGGCCGGAGAGCAGGCGGCCGUGGACGUGGGGCCGGCGGCCGGAGACGUGGGGCAGGCGGGCAGCAGGCUGGAGGCUUUCUCUCCUCUGCUUCUCUCCCACCUGCCCGCCCCUGGACGCUCAGCUGAAAUUAAAAAGAUGGUAGCAGAGGCCGGCCGGGCGGAGCUGCUGGACCACGCGGUGCUGCUGCAGGUGAUCCAGGAGCAGCAGGUGCAGCAGAAGAGGCUGCUGGACCAGCAGGAGAAGCUGCUGGCCGUGAUCGAAGAGCAGCACAAGGAGAUCCACCAGCAGAGGCAGGGGGAUGUGCAGCCCGAGCCCGGGGUGGCGGUGCCCAGGGGCCAGGAGGAGGCCCCUGAGGGACAGGCCGAGGAGACGGCAGAGCGCCCCCCGCCACAGCCCCCAAGAGCCCCCGGGCAGCCGCCUGCUCCGCCCCAAGAGCUGGGCCUUCGCCCCCCAGGGAAGCCCCAGGAGGACGUGGGCGGAGCCCCAGCGGGCCCUCCCGGUGGCCGGUCGGACGCAGAGCCCCAGGCAGCCCAGGCCAGGCCACGGGAGGGCGGGAAGGACAAUGGCGCACUGCAGGAGCCGCUUGGCCUGGGCAGGGAGCGGGCGCCUGGGGGCCUGGAGGAGCGGCCUGCCAAGGAGUUGCCGGGGCAGAGCCAGGACGCCCUGGGCGCUGGCUCCCGGGAAAGGAAGAGCCCUGGGGAGGGGGAGGCUGACAGGGACCCCCUCAGGAAGCCGGGGCAGACGAGCCCAGGCCUCGGGCCUGCUGUGGGCCAGUCCAGCAGGUCAGCAGGGGCAGCCCCUCAGCCCCAGGCCCCCCUGGGGCAGCAGGAGCAGCGGCCCCCCUCCGACGGUAGCCGGGGUGGCCAGCAGGGUCACCCAGAGGUGAGGAGGGAGGCGCCCGGCGGGGCUCACGCCUCCGCCCCCCAGGAGCAGCCUAGAGCCAAGGAGGCCAUUGCUGCCCAGGAGCCGAAGCCCAGGCCAGACCCGGGACCGGGGCCCGAGCAUGCCGCCCGCGACGGUGAGCGGCCAGGCGACGCCAGAGCCAACCGGGACCUGAAGCUGCAGGCCGGCUCGGACCUGCGGAGGAGAAGGAGGGACGUGGGCCCCGGGCCCGGGGGGGAGCCGGCCCCCGGGGACAGGGCCGGGGUCCUCAUCAGCUUCCACCCCCUGCCCGAGGUUCCUGUGAACGACCUCCGCGGCGCCCUGGACUCACGGCUCCACCAGGCCGCGGGCGCCGCAGUGCAGCUGGUCCGCAGCCGGCAGCUCCGACAGUGGCCCGGGGCUCCGCAGGAGGCCUGAGCCCCGUGCCUGCUUCCCGGGCCCCGGCUGAGCCGAGGAGACUCAGGUGUGGCUCAGCCAGGCUGGUCCUGUCACCUGUAGGGCCGGGCGGUGUGGCCGCCUCUGGUUCCCAGAUUUCUGCCGGUUUUCCAGUGUUUUCUGUGGGCCUUGCACAGUCUCAAUAAACACUCGCACCUGC